AUGACGUCAUAUCCGCCCCCCUUUACUCUUAUGGAGAGCGAAAAUUCUCAGUUACUGGAAAAUGCGCAUUCUGAAUUUAACAAACGCAACUUUGACCAGGCGGAGGAUUUAUAUACAAAGUUUAUCUCUUCCUGUUUACAGUACAGGGACUGUGAAGCCUACAAAUUAGCCACCGCUUAUAACAAUCGAGGACAGAUAAAGUACUUCCGGGUGGAUUUUUAUGAAGCAAUGGAGGACUACACCUCCGCCAUUAAGACUGACUGCCAGUUUUCAGUCCCUUUCUACAACAGAGGACUCAUCCGCUAUAGAUUAGGCUUUUUUGAAGAUGCCAAAAGUGACUUCCAGCAAGCUCUCAAGCUUGAUGCAGAUUUUGAAGAUGCUAAAGUGAGCCUGCAGCAGACACUUCUGGAUCAACAGGAAAAGAUACACAGAGGAUACUGAUGGGCUUACACAAACAUCCGUGUGUAAGCUUUUGAUAACCAGGAUGCUUAGUGAAUGCUCUUCCAGAUGUUUGAGAACAUUUGGACAGAUUCUUGGUCUGAAUUGUCACACUGAACAUUAUAAAUUUUAUAGAUCAUUAUUUUUAUAAGCAGUGAAUGGUAGAAGUAUUAUUAAUCUGAUUGUGCAGAUUUGGGCAUUGUGUCCUAAUUUGAUUCUGGAUUGUAUGUAACUGGAUCUGAAGCUAUAUAUGAUUACACUGGAUUAGUAUAAACUGAAUUCAUGUAUUUUUAUAGAAGUAGAUACAAUUUGGAUUGGUUUGUCUUGUAAAGUGUGUUGGGAUGUCAUAUGUUGUGACUUCGCACUGUAUUAAUAAACUGAAUUGAAAACCUA